GCCCGCUGACUGCUGCUGACAGCAGAGGAAGGUUUUGGAAGGAAAAACCAUGGCUGGUGGUUCUCAAUUCAUUUGGAUUCCGCUCCUCUUCACCUGUGUACUCUGCACUUCUGAUCCCAGAGCUGGCCACAACAGGUUGGUCAGAACUGGGAAUCCCGACUUGGACGCAAUCCUUUCCAGGAUCCUUCUAUCCACUGACUUUCAAAACAGCCCUGUAAAUGUGACGUCAAUUGUCAUCAAAACUUGCACCGGUGUGAAAGAAACUUUGGAGGUGUUACAAAGGAAACUUCAGCAGGCGAAUCACCGUUACAACCAACUCGGUGACGAGGCCUUUGGGCUGAGGACAGAGGUCAUACAGCUGAAAGUGGAACUUGCUGCAUGCAUGUCAACAGCAUCGUCUACAUCUGGCACGUACCAACCCAAUCUGCAGCUCAAAAUGAAGCAGGUGCUGGAGAAGCUUGAUGGUGACACACUUCUCCUUUUUAAAAUAAUGACACUCACCGGGGAGGUGAGCACUUUGCAGGAGAAGACCAAGCUUGCUACUAAUUCUAACAGAACUGCAGACGAAAUCGCAGAGCUGCAGAAAGAGCUGGACAAGACGACGGCUGAACUCAAAGAUCAGAUACAGGAAGCUGAAGAAAGCCUUUCAAAUGCAACUCUCAUACUUCAGAUAAUCUCCCUGCAGAAUCAGCUCUGGGAUUUACAAGAGGCAGAAACAAGAGGGGGAAAACCAAACUCUGGGAGUUCAAUUGGCAUGACUCUGGUGAAAGAACAGCUCAACAGGAAGAUCGUUCUGCUGCAAGAAAAAGGAGGUGGCUACUCUGCUAAUUUGCUGGAGCUGAUUUAUGUGCGCACGAAGAUUGCAGAGUUGAAGAGGAUGAUCAUCGAUGCUAUUGAGAAAUCCAAAACCUUCGCCGCUGAUGCCAGGAAGCAAUGGAUGCAAAAGAUUGAUCUCCUCAGAAAGCUGAUUAUACAGCUGAACGAUGACGAGAACAACAGGGAACUAACCUUGCAAAUUAUGAGAGUGCAGGCCGAGGUGCUACAUUUUCAACAGCUGAUGAGAAACGCCAAAAACAUCACUGAUUCCCAAAUUCAAGGGUUCCGCGUUUUGUUGGACAGAGAGAAGCAAAGGCAUGACGUUUUACAGAGGCAACUGGAAGCAGUGGAGUAUGUUAAGGCACAGCAGAUCGUGCAAGUCAUCAGCCUAAUAGAAGAAAUGAAAAAGCAGCACCUGACAGGCCAGCCCACCACUGUGCGUGGAGUUACAGAAAAAAAAUACAUCGAAGCGCAGGCCAAAAUAAGAGAGCUGCAGAGGAAACUGCGACUGAAGACUGAAUUAGAUUCCAAAUUUGUGAAAAGAUAUGAGCAGGUGAAGAUCGACUUUGACCGCAAGAUUGCUGAACUGAAGAGAACCGAGGACUUCCAACCAGCUCUCAUUGUAAAGCUGAUGAGCCUGCAUGAUGAACUCAAGGCUUUGAAGGAUCAGAUCUCUCUCUCAGAAGACAAAGACUUGACCUCCGAGCUACGGAAACAACUGGAGAGAAAACAAGAAGAACUGAGCUCAGGAAUUGCAGACAUAGAACGUCUGACUUCUAGCCCAGGAGCAAUUUUAAAGAUCCUUGAACUGCAACAUGAGUUAUGGACCCUUCGGAACAAAGCCACCAAUGGAGCCACAAGCGAUCGAGAAGAGGACUUACAGGACAGACUUGACGGCUUCAUCGAUGAAAUCAACAACAGAGCCGGUGAAAACACAAAACUGAUUCUGAAAAUCAUCAGUCUGCAAAGUCAGCUGGAGCACCUGGAGACGCUGCUGUCACAAACCUACAAUUCAAACUCUCCAAGCAUGGUGAUCAUAAGGAACACUCUAACAGAUAAGCUUACACUGAAGAGAGCCGAGCUACAGAAAUAUAUCAAUGAGCUGAAUAACAAGAAUCCGGCUAAUGCCAGAUUAAUUCUGGUUAUCGCUGAACUCUACAAACAUCUCAAAAGAAUUGAAAUAGAAAAUCGUGACGAUAACGCAGAAUCCUCUUUAACAUUAACUCUCCUUCAGAUGUUUCUUCAAAACAAAAACAGGGAAUAUGCUCUUAUGAAGGAUAAAUUCGCAGAGUUGGAGAGGCAACUGCUGUUAAAGACACAUGAGUGCUCUGGACUCGAGCAACAACGAAACCAGCUGAAGACUGAAGUUGAAGAUAAGAUUGCAGAACUGAACAAGACAAAAGACUUCAAAACUGCUCUGCUCCUGAAUGUGAUCAACAUGAAGGCUGAAGUGAGGGCUUUGAAGGAGCAGAUCUCAAACUCAAAAGAUCCAGAAAUCAUCUCACAGCUGCAGAUGCAACUGGAGAAGAAGCAAGAUGAACUGAUUACUAAGACUGCAGAAAUGGAGGAAUUGCUUGCCAACCCGAGAGUGGUUUUACAAAUCAUUGAGCUCCAGAAUGAGAUAUGGGACCUGCAGAACAAGGAUGUGAAUGGGACAGCUGGUGACCAGAUAAAAGCGCUACAAAACAGAAUAGACACACUCAUGGCUCAAAUAGGCAGCAGUGAUCGAGAUAACACCAAACUGACACUGAAAAUCCUGAAUCUGCAGAGUCAGGUGAAGCACCUGCAGAAUCUGCUGUCAAACCGCGAAUCUCAACAAACCAGUGAGCUAACUGAGAUCACAAAUGAGCUUGCAGCCAAGAAGGGAGAGCUGGAGAAACAUGUCAAUGAGCUGAAACAGAAGAACCAGGAAAAUGCCAACCUGAUUUUGAACAUCACUGAUCUGCAAAGCCAACUUGAAAACCUUGAAAAAGUUAAGACAGCUGAGGAUAAAGAAAGUGCUGCUACAAUUUCUAAUCUCAGAAAACAACUGAAGGUUAAAGAGUUGGAGCAUUCUCGUGAUCAGGAAGUGAUCCUCGACUUGCAGGAAAAACUGAACGAGACAGAAAGAUGUUCAGAUGAUAAGCAGAAAAUUACAGAUCUGCAGCAAAACCUGAAUGACAAAAUCAAGGAGCUGCAGUCCAAAUCGAGCUCUGUUACUUCACUUGCUCUACAAAUUUCUACAUUAACUCAGCAAGUGGAGCAACUGAAAGCACAAAUGAACAACUCUGUGUCCAAAUCCAAGGUUGAUGAGCUCCAAAAAGCCAUAGAUGAAAAGAAUGAGGAGCUGGACAAACUAACAAAAGAGCUGAAAGAGAGAAGUACUCAACCACAACGACUUCUGCAGAUUAUUGCACUACAAACAGAAAUCGAGAAACUGGUCACUGUGGCUGAAAAUAAUACAGAUGACGAGAAGAUUAAAGCACGUCAAGAAGAGCUCAAUUCUUUGAUAGAGGGAAUUAAAGAUGAACAGAAUGAAAAUAUUAAGCUGACAUUUCAGAUCUUGAAUCAGCAAGAUGAAAUAGCAAGACUGAAGAAGCAACAAAACAGGAAGAAUGAGACACAAGAAGCACAAAUUAAAGAUCUGGAAGAUCAACUGGAGGCCAUCAGGAAUGAGAUACAACAAAAGACAGACCUGCUGGAUAGAAAAGAUAUAAAUAUUGCUAAUCUGUCUGCUCAGAUUAUGGAGCUUCACGAGCAAAUUAAACCACUGGAAAAUAACAUAGCAGCCCUCAAAGAGGCUCAUACUAAGAGCCUUGCAGACCUUCAAAGGAAACUAAAGUUGAAAGAGAGGCAGCUGGAUGACACUGAAAGUCAACUUGAGCAUAUAGAUGCAGAGAAUUUUAAAUAUGUGAUGGAGAUUGCUGAUCUGAGGGCGAAACUGAAAGAGGCUGAAACGCAGACAUCUGACAAAAUCAAAGACGUGGAGAAGAAACUAAAAACACAAGAAACAAAGAAUAAAAAACUUGAAGCUGCAAACAAAGACGUGGAGAAGAAACUAAAAACACAAGAAGCUGAGAAUAAAAAACUUGAAGCUGCAAACAAAGAGUUGGAGAAAAAACUGCAAUUAAAGACUCAAGAAUGCUCUGGACUCGAGCAACAACGAAACCAGCUGAAGACUGAAGUUGAAGAUAAGAUUGCAGAACUGAACAAAACGAAAGACUUCAAAACUGCUCUGCUCCUGAAUGUGAUCAACAUGAAGGCUGAAGUGAGGGCUUUGAAGGAGCAGAUCUCAAACUCAAAAGAUCCAGAAAUCAUCUCACAGCUGCAGAUGCAACUGGAGAAGAAGCAAGAUGAACUGAUUACUAAGACUGCAGAAAUGGAGGAAUUGCUUGCCAACCCGAGAGUGGUUUUACAAAUCAUUGAGCUCCAGAAUGAGAUAUGGGACCUGCAGAACAAGGAUGUGAAUGGGACAGCUGGUGACCAGAUAAAAGCGCUACAAAACAGAAUAGACACACUCAUGGCUCAAAUAGGCAGCAGUGAUCGAGAUAACACCAAACUGACACUGAAAAUCCUGAAUCUGCAGAGUCAGGUGAAGCACCUGCAGAAUCUGCUGUCAAACCGCGAAUCUCAACAAACCAGUGAGCUAACUGAGAUCACAAAUGAGCUUGCAGCCAAGAAGGGAGAGCUGGAGAAACAUGUCAAUGAGCUGAAACAGAAGAACCAGGAAAAUGCCAACCUGAUUUUGAACAUCACUGAUCUGCAAAGCCAACUUGAAAACCUUGAAAAAGUUAAGACAGCUGAGGAUAAAGAAAGUGCUGCUACAAUUUCUAAUCUCAGAAAACAACUGAAGGUUAAAGAGUUGGAGCAUUCUCGUGAUCAGGAAGUGAUCCUCGACUUGCAGGAAAAACUGAACGAGACAGAAAGCUGUUCAGAUUAUGAGCAGACAAUUACAGAUCUGCAGCAAAACCUGAAUGACAAAAUCAAGGAGCUGCAGUCCAAAUCGAGCUCUGUUACUUCACUUGCUCUACAAAUUUCUACAUUAACUCAGCAAGUGGAGCAACUGAAAGCACAAAUGAACAACUCUGUGUCCAAAUCCAAGGUUGAUGAGCUCCAAAAAGCCAUAGAUGAAAAGAACGAGGAGCUGGACAAACUAAAAAAAGAGCUGAAAGAGAGAAGCACUCAACCACGUAGACUUCUGCAGAUUAUUGCACUGCAAACAGAAAUCGAGAAGCUGGACACUGUGGCGGAAAAUGAUAGAGAUGAGGAGAAGAUUAAAGUACUUCAAGGAAAGCUCACUUAUUUGAUUGAUGGAGUUAAAGAUGAACAGGGUGAAAACAUUAAGCUGACAUUUCAGAUCUUGAAUCAGCAAGCUGAAAUAGCAAGACUGAAGAAGGAAGAAGAAAAGAAGAAUCAGGCACAAGAAGCAAAAAUUAAAGAUCUGGAGAAUCAACUGGAGGCCAUGAGAAAUCAGAGAAACACAAGAAGUGCUGCUGAGAUUAUGGAGCUUGAAGUGCAAAUUAAAGAACUGGAAGAUAACAUAGCAGCCCUCAAAGAGGCUCAUACUGAGAGCCUUGCAGACCUUCAAAGGAGACUAAAGUUGAAAGAGAGGCAGCUGGAUGACACUGAAAGUCAACUUGAGCAUAUAGAUGCAGAGAAUUUUAAAUAUGUGAUGGAGAUUGCUGAUCUGAGGGUGAAACUGAAAAAGGCGGUGACGCAGACAUCUGACAAAAAAAUCAAAGACGUGGAGAAGAAACUAAAAACACAAGAAGCUGAGAAUAAAAAACUUGAAGCUGCAAACAAAGAGUUGGAGAAAAAACUGCAAUUAAAGACUCAAGAAUGCUCUGGACUCGAGCAACAACGAAACCAGCUGAAGACUGAAGUUGAAGAUAAGAUUGCAGAACUGAACAAGACAAAAGACUUCAAAACUGCUCUGCUCCUGAAUGUGAUCAACAUGAAGGCUGAAGUGAGGGCUUUGAAGGAGCAGAUCUCAAACUCAAAAGAUCCAGAAAUCAUCUCACAGCUGCAGAUGCAACUGGAGAAGAAGCAAGAUGAACUGAUUACUAAGACUGCAGAAAUGGAGGAAUUGCUUGCCAACCCGAGAGUGGUUUUACAAAUCAUUGAGCUCCAGAAUGAGAUAUGGGACCUGCAGAACAAGGAUGUGAAUGGGACAGCUGGUGACCAGAUAAAAGCGCUACAAAACAGAAUAGACACACUCAUGGCUCAAAUAGGCAGCAGUGAUCGAGAUAACACCAAACUGACACUGAAAAUCCUGAAUCUGCAGAGUCAGGUGAAGCACCUGCAGAAUCUGCUGUCAAACCGCGAAUCUCAACAAACCAGUGAGCUAACUGAGAUCACAAAUGAGCUUGCAGCCAAGAAGGGAGAGCUGGAGAAACAUGUCAAUGAGCUGAAACAGAAGAACCAGGAAAAUGCCAACCUGAUUUUGAACAUCACUGAUCUGCAAAGCCAACUUGAAAACCUUGAAAAAGUUAAGACAGCUGAGGAUAAAGAAAGUGCUGCUACAAUUUCUAAUCUCAGAAAACAACUGAAGGUUAAAGAGUUGGAGCAUUCUCGUGAUCAGGAAGUGAUCCUCGACUUGCAGGAAAAACUGAACGAGACAGAAAGAUGUUCAGAUGAUAAGCAGAAAAUUACAGAUCUGCAGCAAAACCUGAAUGACAAAAUCAAGGAGCUGCAGUCCAAAUCGAGCUCUGUUACUUCACUUGCUCUACAAAUUUCUACAUUAACUCAGCAAGUGGAGCAACUGAAAGCACAAAUGAACAACUCUGUGUCCAAAUCCAAGGUUGAUGAGCUCCAAAAAGCCAUAGAUGAAAAGAACGAGGAGCUGGACAAACUAACAAAAGAGCUGAAAGAGAGAAGUACUCAACCACAACGACUUCUGCAGAUUAUUGCACUACAAACAGAAAUCGAGAAACUGGUCACUGUGGCUGAAAAUAAUACAGAUGACGAGAAGAUUAAAGCACGUCAAGAAGAGCUCAAUUCUUUGAUAGAGGGAAUUAAAGAUGAACAGAAUGAAAAUAUUAAGCUGACAUUUCAGAUCUUGAAUCAGCAAGAUGAAAUAGCAAGACUGAAGAAGCAACAAAACAGGAAGAAUGAGACACAAGAAGCACAAAUUAAAGAUCUGGAAGAUCAACUGGAGGCCAUCAGGAAUGAGAUACAACAAAAGACAGACCUGCUGGAUAGAAAAGAUAUAAAUAUUGCUAAUCUGUCUGCUCAGAUUAUGGAGCUUCACGAGCAAAUUAAACCACUGGAAAAUAACAUAGCAGCCCUCAAAGAGGCUCAUACUAAGAGCCUUGCAGACCUUCAAAGGAAACUAAAGUUGAAAGAGAGGCAGCUGGAUGACACUGAAAGUCAACUUGAGCAUAUAGAUGCAGAGAAUUUUAAAUAUGUGAUGGAGAUUGCUGAUCUGAGGGCGAAACUGAAAGAGGCUGAAACGCAGACAUCUGACAAAAUCAAAGACGUGGAGAAGAAACUAAAAACACAAGAAACAAAGAAUAAAAAACUUGAAGCUGCAAACAAAGACCUAAAGCAGGAAGUCACAGAGCUGAAGAUGUGCUGCUCUCAACCGCCAGAGGAGUGUGAAGACUUGCGAAGAGAUUUGCAGCAGUGCCAUGAUGAUGCAGACCGCCAGCUGCAGGAGCUACAUCAGAAGGAUGCCAAGCUCAACCAGUUGGAGCAGGAGUUACAAAGACAGAACAGGGAGAAUAACAAACUGCAGAAUAAUAUUGACAGGCUUCAAAGGGAACUAGGUGAUAUAGAAGAAAAGACCAUCCAUACCUCAAAGAUGACCUUCGAUCCAGACACAGCGCACCCAAGAAUAGUUUUAUCUGAUGAUGAAACCGAGAUGUCCACUGCAGAUUUUAUACAAGACGUCCCCAACAAUCCAAGACGGUUUGAUGUGAUUCUGGGGGCCCUAGGUGCCACUGGCUUCUCAUCUGGCAAGCAUUACUGGGAGGUUUCAGUAGCUGGAAAGACCUGUUACCACCUUGGGAUGACCAGUGAAUCUUCUCGAAGAAAGGGAUCAAUACCCUUCAGUCCAAACAAUGAUUACUGGACUAUAGUCCUGGACAAACAGGGUCAGUACAGAGCUAUAGAGCAGAGGAGAACGGUUCCCAUUCCUACUGAGAUACAACCAGUUACCCUGGGUAUCCUGCUAGAUUACAAAAAGGGAACCAUCUCGUUUUAUGAUUCAGGGUCCAGAACUCAUAUGUAUUCUUUUGUAGGUCAGCACUUCACAGGAAAAAUUUAUCCAUUUGUCAAUUUCUGUGUAGAAGAUGGCAGCGCUCCAAAUCCAGUAGUUUUAAUUACUCCUGGAGCAACUGACUGGAUAAAAUAAGGGUCACGAGAAGUUCUGUCCGCACCAAUGUCAAAAUGUGUGACAUUUACGAGUAUGGGAAAUAAAAUAAUAACUGAAGAAUAAGUGCACAUAUUUCUGCUACUGUUGCUAUUAAAUGCUUCAGACAGUAAAACAAAUAUACCAUGCUUGCAACAUUCUCUCCCUGUCUUUAAAGCCAACCUUAAGUCUGCCUACUCCCUUUGAUUUGAAUCAUGCUGUUAACUCUAUGGUUUUUACCAGCUGUUAUUUUUAUCAAUACUGUGAUUUUGAUAUUUGAUUCUAUGUAAGGUGUCCCUGAGUGUCUCAGCAGGUGCCUAUUAAUAAAAUUCAUUACUAAAAUA